UCGAUUCGUGGUUAUGUUACUAUUCUGCAGUUCUUUGAAUUCGUGGUUCUGUCAUUUUCGUAACUGCGGGAAGUCGUGUGAUAAAUGCAGGUGCGACUUUCGCUUGGUAUUGUGGGAUAACUAUUUCGCGACAAUUAAUUACGACCUAUGAUUACCAAUUUGUGAUAGAGCCGCAUUAUACUUGCGGCUUGUGUUUUUGAAUGGAUCAAUGCAUAGCUUGGUUCAUGCCGGAGCAAGACGGUCCAGCAAAAGUUUUGUGGCUUCGUGUCUGGCAAACACAACAAGAAAUCGAAAAUAUGAGCUUGAGAGACAGUGAUAAUGAUACAGAGCCGUUAACGAAUGGUUUUAAUAAUCAAAGUGCAGUUAUUAUGAAUGGAAGAUCGGAUAAAAGUGGCAAUACCCGCACGCGAAAUACUAAAAGUGACAAUCAGCACAUCAGACCUUCUCAAAGGCAAAUGGUUAGAAAAUUUGUCACAGAUUAUGGCGGAUGUCCGUGGAGAUUGGAACAGUGUAUUUAUUCCAAAGGGAUUCUAGGGCUUCACGAAGAGAUUGAACAGUUUUGUCGAUAUAUGAGUCCGUCGGAGGCCGAGCACAAAGUUAGGGCUGAGGUAGUAGCGCGCAUCGAAAACAUUAUACUAUCAAAGUGGCCCGAGGCGCAGGUUGAAGUAUUUGGGUCAUAUAGAACUGGUCUGUAUUUACCAACUAGUGAUAUAGAUCUGGUUGUUAUUGGGAAGUGGUCCAAUCUCCCAUUGCGUACACUUGAACAAGAAUUCCUUGAGAAAGAUGUGGCGAUUGAAAAUAGUAUCAAGGUAUUGGACAAGGCCUCAGUUCCAAUAGUUAAACUUGUCGAUAAAAAGACUGAAAUUAAAGUUGAUAUCUCAUUUAACAUGUCUAACGGAGUGAAAUCGGCCGAACUUAUAAAGACAUAUAUUGAACAGUUUCCAGCAUUACCAAAAUUAGUUUACGUCUUAAAGCAGUUUCUUUUAGAACGAGACCUUAAUGAAGUGUUCACGGGGGGUAUUAGUAGUUACAGUCUCAUUCUCAUGUGCAUAAGUUUCUUACAGUUGCAUCCGCGGCAAGAAGGCGUUAGGCAACAUAAUGCCAAUUUAGGUGUGUUACUUAUUGAAUUUUUUGAGCUCUACGGUAGAAAAUUUAACUAUAUAAAUACGGGUAUUAGAAUUAGAGAGGGUGGAAAGUACAUAAACAAGGAAGAGAUGCAAAAGGAGAUGGUGGAUGGACAUCGGCCUAGCAUGUUAUGCAUAGAAGAUCCUUUGCAACCUUCAAAUGAUAUUGGCAGAAACAGUUACGGGGUUAUGUAUGUUAAAAAGGCAUUUGAAUACGCUUACACAAUACUUACUAAUGUGGUGCAUCCCACGUCUCACCUGAACGACUGUAAUCGUCAAUCCAUUUUGGGUCGUAUUGUGCGUGUACGCGACAAAGUCGUACAACACCGACGGCAUAUAGAGGAGAUGGUACGCGGGCCCACUAUGGGAGUAAACAUCGCAAGAGAGGGUUUAGGUGGGGGUGGACUCAUUACUCAACUUGCUUCGUUACCCACAAAUCACGUUGGUACAGGAAGUAUUAAGCCUUCAAGAUCUUCUAGCACUGGAAGUACAUCAAGUGCCGAAGAAAGUGCAGUUAGUUCAGAGGGCUUAGAUCGUCCUUCCAGAGAUAAUUCACCAAAUAUCAACUAUGUUCCACGCCCGAACAUUCAAAAAAGCAAAGUCUGGAAUCAAAAUAAGAAAUACCUUUCGCAAGGACACAGUCACAAUCAAAGCACUUACACACACAGCCACCGCAGCAGCAGAAAUAAUUACCAGUCAUCUACCAUGACAAAACGAAAGAAACCCUCAGAGAGACAAUAGUGCCGCCUCUAAAUUAGCUGUGUUUCUAUUUUGCUUUAGUUUAUUAUUUGAAGUAAGUAAAUACCCUAAUUUGAAAGUUUUUGAGUUAAUGUAAAUAUUUUAAUUUUGUCAUACUUUACAGGAAACGUGUACAAUAUUUUGCUUUGCUAAAUUCCGUUUUUGAUUAAUAGUUGUGAUUUAUCAAUUAUUAUUUUCAAUAGAUUUAUUUAGCCCAAAAUAAUUUGUGUUCUAUUUAAUUGUCAUCAUUUAUGUUAAUAACAACUCAAUUCCGUUUUAUAGUUGCAUUUAAUUUUUGUCAAAAUAUUUUUUCAUGUAAAGCAAGCACAUUCUCCCCAUAUUAGGAUGAAAACCAACAGCAGUUCCUAAUUUAUAAUUAUACAAAAAUCAUAUACAAUAUUGCAAGUCCUCUAUAUGAAAAAUGAAGGUUUAAACAAGCUCAAGGCGUUACAAAAAAUAUGUAUUUAAACCUAGAAAAAUUGGCAGUCUAAUUGGAUUUACUUUCCAGAGACUUCCUAAAUAAAUAAGAAAUUUUAACAAAAGAUUUUAGGGACACAGGGCUGAUACUAAACUUAUAUGGUGGUUUUUAUUCAUACUUGCUUUGCUUUAGUAUAAAAAAAAUGACAAAAUACAUGACAGUACUUUAAUUUUAAAAUGUUUUAUAGGUGUGAUUUAAAACUGAUUUUUUAAAAUUAUUAACUAAGUAAAAUCUGUAUCUUUUUUUUGAAGAAGUUGAUGCCUACUUGCUCUGGUUAGCAUAAGAAAAUAUAUUGAGAUAUAUUAAGUGCUCACAUAUUUUAGCAAUUUCAAUAACUUUUUUAACACAUCAUUAAAAUUCCAGCAAACUUAGAAAGGAAAUGAGCACUGUGUAAUAUCACCAUGGAGUUAUAAAUAGUUUCGGACGUUAACUAUAACCAAUUUAAGAAUUUUUCAAAUUUUCAUUCUUGAAAAACACUGUAGUUCUUUAAAAUCUGUGAGACUUACUAUUUGGUAAAAAAAGAGCUACAUCAGAUUAAAUAUCAAACUAUUAAAUGUUAUUUUAAUUAAUUGUUUGCAUAUUCUUUUGUGAGUUGGGUAAAUCUUGGUUGCCUAUUGAUACCAAACAGCUAAAGAAUCAGAAUGUUUUCUUUUUCAAAUAUACAAGAGCUUUUUUUCUAUAUAGGCAAAUAUUCAAUAUAUUUAUUAUAAGAAAAAAACUGUAUUUCUGCUUCCUUUAUUCGUAGAUUCUAAUAUUGACAGAGGAAGCAUGUCAAUGUAGUUUACACUGCUGAUGGGAAUUUUCAGUGACCAUGUGUGUGUAUUGUAGAGCUAUAAAAUGUUUAUCUUUGGGUUAUUUAUUAGUUCUCUCAAAAUAUAAGGUGAUGUUUCCUGUCUUUAGCGCCAUAACCAAAAAAGUUUCAAAUUACAUUUAAGUUGCUAAAUUUGUACAUUGUAUAUGUAUGUAUGUUUUUGUGAAUAUUUGUAUAGAUACAUAAUAAAAAAAAUAAAAUGUGAUAUAUUUGAUAAUUAUCUUAAGUAAAAGAAAUAUCUUAAUUCUGUAACAUUUGGGGACAUAUUUUUGAAAAUAGAAUUUGUUUUCAUUUCACAUUAUCAUGAAAUUAGGAAUACUGCUUGUGGUACAGUGGUACAAAUAUUUGAAUUGCCACUUGCACACUGUUGUGUGGUUAUUAUUUCUGUGAAAAGAUAACCACAACAAAUUCAAAGUUAAUUUCACCACAAAAUUAUAUUUUAUAGUUUUUUAGUUGUGAGAAAUUUUAGGGCACACAAGUUUAAUAGGUGAUCAAAGUAUUCAAAUUUUGUAUUACGAGUAGUAUUCAUCAAAAAUCACACACACACACACACAGAUAUAUAUAUAUAUAU